AUGAUUCGACAAGACUCAAAUCAAUAUUCUUCAAGAGAUGAUAUACCAUUAUCUACUUGUGCCCCACAGCAACAAGGUUACCCACAGCAACAAGGCUAUCAACAACAAGGUUAUCCACAAAAACAUGGUUAUCCUCCACAACAACUUGCCACCAAAAAGUGUUCGCGCUGUCGUGGCCAUGGUGAAAGUGAGUGUUUCCACUGCAAAGGUUCAGGAAGAUGCAACAACGGAAGAAUUUCUAUAAAUUGUCAUUUCUGUAACGGCAAAGGUCGUAUAAGGUGUUCAAGAUGCAAAGGAAGUGGAUUAGUCGAGGAUGAUCCCAAUGCAGAAAUUCAAUGUUGCACCAUUUUAUAA